AAGGUCGGAUUUAAAAAGAAAAAGUUAUUAUUGUCGUUGCUUUUUUUGGAGGGGGAAAGCGGAGUCAGAUUUAAAAAAGAAAGAGAAAUUUGGGUUAUAACUUGUUUAUGUUUUGAAUGGUAGUUAUUUGUAUUUGUUUUUAUUUAUGCUUAUUUUCGCGGUGUGAGAAGCCGUGUCGUGUACGUGUUUGUUUGUUUACUUUUGAAACUUACGUAACCAUUACGUUAUGUGAUCGAUAUUUUUGGAGUGAAAAUCACACGAAAACAAUGUAAAGGAAACAAAGCAAACUACACAUUACCAGAAAAUGAAAUAAUAAUAAUAAUAAUAAUAAUAAUAAUAAUAAUAAUAAUAAUAAUAAUAAUAAACUGAGGACCUCCCCCCCCCAAAAAAAAAAGAAAAUAACAAUAUUCCGUAGUGUUUUCACACCAAAGUGCCCUUCUGAACGAGCUGAAACGUGAUAAUGCGCCGUGUGUGUGUGAGAGAGACCUGCUUAACGGGAGAUUUUUGUGCCUACUUAUGUGAAUGUCGGGUCUGGGGGGCUCCGGUAGGGGAGUAGGUGAGGAGAGGCGGAGAGGAGGAGACCUCGGUACCCGCAUCACACGUUCCACGUCGCUGCUGCCAACGCCAUCAGAAACCACCACGUCGGUCGAAGCUCUUGCCGAUACUGCUGCUGCCGCCGUCGUAGCUGCCUCUGCUGUGACUGUCGUCGUCGCUCUAUCUACAGCUGCCGUCGCUGAUUUCGUCGCUGCUUCUGUCGCCGCCGCGUCUGCUGUGCGCUGUGACCAGGUGGGCCCAGGCAGCGCGUCGCCCGUGUCACCCUCCAGUGACUUUUCAGAUGGCGAAAGCGGCGAAGUCGUGGCGCAUCGUGGUACUGCUGGUGCUGGUGCUGUCUCCCGCCGUCCUCUCGUCGCCCAGCCCUCCGCCAAGGCCGUGCCCCACGCCCUCUCCCGCGGGCACUCCCGCUGAGCGCCAGGCCGCCCUCGACAACCCACACCUGAAGGAGCUCUUCCGCAGGUACGGCCAGGGGGACGUCCUCACCCCCGAGGGCCUGCACAAGCUCCUGCUCAGCCUCGGCCUCCAAUUCGAGGACAACAACGACCACCUCCAUCACACGCACGACCACCAGAACCUCCCCGGCGACUCCCUCGGCUUACCGACGACGAGGAAGGACGACCCGGAGGAGGAAGACCACUUCCACGACGACCACUACCACGCACACGAUGACCACGUGACCCACGACCAUAGCCCGGACGAGAAAAACCGGAGGCAGAAGGACCACCAGGCGGACAGCGACGGCCGCAAUCACGGCGAUGAGCCCAAACUAGACGGCAGGGCGGACGACCCGUACUCCACCGUCGUCGUCGUCGACCACCCGCGCAGCAACCACCUCGGCGACCCGCACGACCUCCUCGGCGGCCACAUCGACGACCGCUUCCACGACGACCAUCGCCACACCGAGGAUGGCCAUCUAGACAACAACCACCACCGGGACGGUCACGCGGCGUCGGACGACUCUCUCGCGCGCCGGUCGUCCCCGUCGUCGUCGUCGUCAAGAUCCGUGCACGAGAGCGACGCCUCGGGUCUCGCCGCCAGAGGUCGUGCCAGGUCAGGGCGGACGGGGACGCCACGCGACCAAGGCACUGCUAAUGCCACGAGUGACCCUCAAGCAUCGUCGCGUGUCAAUUCUUCUGCGCCUGCAUCCUCGACGCCCCUGCCUCCUGCCCCGUCUGCCGCUGCAACAGCUGAUCCUCUGACUAUUACCACGGUUACCACGCUAUCUCCAGCUUCCCCCAAGGUAAGGAGAUUUUUUUUUUCUUGAUGUGUAGGCGCGUUUUAUCAAGGGUUGUAAGAAAGUGGCAUAAACACGUCCGGUUUGGGAAGGAAUUGCGAAUGACCGCGUUGAAGUAAAACAAAAUGUAAAGAAAAAAAACUGAGAUGGAUACAAGAAAAUACAGACAUGCUAAUGUAAAAAAAAAAAAUGAAUAAUGCUUUGAAGUCGAACGAAGUCAGAGCGAACCGAAGGAAAAUAAAGUAAACGGUGAGAAAGGAACCAUAGAAGGGAGGGUAGAGGCAAGAAAGAAAAUACAAAAGGCAAAUACCAAUUUAAAAAGGUAAAGAAAAAGCUAACUGUAAAAUCAGAGUGUAGGUAUACAAGUAAUACUACUGCGAAAGGGGAAAUACCAAAACAUGUACAUAGAUGCGAGGCAAAAGAAAGAUAAAUAUAAGAAAUUAAAAUAAGAAAAAAAUGAAAGAUGGAAUGUAAAAGAAAUAAUGUUAAAAAGGGGGAAAGAAGAGGGUAAACUAAACGAAUCAGCUAUUACUAUAAACAAAUCAGGUGGCACGAUAAACAAAUCAGCUUUUGCCUUAAUUAUCACGUGUUUUAGCCAUCGGCAGGCUUAAUUGACACGUUAAUGACCCACUGAUAACGAUAACGAGCGACUGAUAAGGAAAAACACCCUCAUCCGGUUUUGUCCCGAUGGGCAACAUGACCCGCGAUAAGAUAAUUUUUUCUCUUUAUCUUUAUAGCCGAUAAAGAUAUUUCGUUACUAGUAUUGCUUUUUGGAAAUAUCGAUUGUUGGCGAUGGAAUGAAAAAAAUAUGGGUGCAGGUAGAAAAGAGGGUUGGGGGGGGCGGGUAAUUUUUGUUUGUUUGUUUGUUUGUAUUUCCAAUUCCCUAAUCUCAUUCAAAUAUAUAAUUAAGCGCCCAACAGUUCGUGGCAUCGUUAUUUGAGCAAGUGGCGUUGGCGGGAGGGGUGGGGGGGUGGGGGGUAUACAGGAGGAACGGGAAGCACGCCCUUGAUAUCGGUAAACAUAAUUUCUCAAUAUAAUUACACAUACACAUACAUACAUACAUACAUACAUACAUACACACACACACACACACACACACA